AUGCUUUCAUCUACACUGCCCGUGGCUGUUGCCCUACUGGGUAUUCAAGCAGCUCUUGGCCGCCCCAUCCAAGGACUUGAUCGGGCUGAGAUCGAGGAGGCGUACGACUUCAUCAUUGCUGGAGGUGGCACGGCCGGCCUCGUGGUCGCGAACCGCCUCACCGAGUCCGGCAAGCAUCGCGUCCUCGUCCUCGAGGCUGGACCCGACCCUAGCAUUGUCGCCGCCUACAAGCCUCUCGGGGGCAAUCAGCUGCUUGCCGGCUCUGCCAUCGACUGGCGAUUUGACACUGUGCCCCAAGAGGGCCUCGAUGGCAAGAUCCUCACCUACUACCGUGGCCGAGGCCUUGGCGGCAGCAGCGCAAUCAAUGGCUUCUACUAUGGUCGUGGUACAUCGACCGUCUACGACAGAUGGCAAGAUCUGGGCAACCCCGGCUGGAGCUGGGCUGAUGUAUACCCUCUCUUCAUCAAGGGCACUCACUUCAACCCUCAAGACGAGACCAAAGGUUUCGAUAAUACGUACAAGACAUGGGACCCAUCGGCCUACAGCGACGGCCCUCUCGAGAUCGCUUACCAGGGCUUCGUCCCGCCGACGGGCAUUGCCUUCAUGCACGCCUGUGAGGCGGCCAACAUUCCGAUCGUGCACGACUACAACACAGGCAACAGCACCGGCGUCAAGCAGGGAACAGCCACGCUCGACGCCAACCUGCUGCGCAGCUCCAGCUACGACGGAUACCUGAAGAAGGCCAUCAAUCGGACCAACCUCGACGUGCUGUACUAUGCGCCGGUACAGAGCCUGCUGUGGGACACGGAGGGAGAGAAGCCCCGCGCGACGGGUGUGCAGUUCCUUGAUCAUCCCUCCGGACGCAUGUAUCAAGUGCAUGCGGCCAAGGAGGUUGUUGUGUCGAUGGGCGCUUUCCAGACGCCGCAGCUGCUCAUGGUUUCGGGAGUUGGGCCAGCCGCAGAACUGGAGAAGUUUGGGAUCGAACCUGUCUACAUCAACGAGAACGUCGGUCAGCACCUCGACGAUCACAGCGUCUUCAGCAUAAUGGCAACGGUUGCCGACGAGUUCUCGACAAGCCAGUACGCAGACUUUGACCUGUUGCAAGCCAUUCAAGAGGAGUUCUACACCAACGGCACUGGAGUGUACACGGCCCCAUCAGGCAUUACCAACGGGUUCCAGAGACUCCCUGAGGAAGAGCUUCGGGAUAUUGGCGCCGGCGCCGUCGUAGAUGCCGGUCUCAGCGAUCAGUCUCAUAUCGAGUACCUGUUCGAAUCCAUCUUCUACCCCGGAGGGCCGACCCCGUUCUACACGCCGCUCGCCAAUGAGUCGUACAUUUCCUUGACAGCGAGCAGCAUGGUGGCUCUGUCCCGCGGCAACAUCACUCUCCGGGGAACCUCCAUGUCUGCUGCACCCAACAUCAACCCCAACUACUAUACGCACGAUGCCGACCGCGCCAUCGCAAUCCAGGCCUUCAAGUACCUUCGCAAGAUCCUCGCGCACCCAGAGCUCGCCAAGUUCACCUACGGCCCCGACAACGGCGAGGUCAGCCCCGGCGCUGCUGUCAGCUCGGACGACGACGACGCCAUCUUCGAGUAUGUCAAGGCCAACACGAUCCCCAACUGGCACGCCUCAGGUACGGCGCGCAUGCGGCGCGAGGACGACGGCGGCGUUGUUGACGCGCGCCUGAAACCGUACGGUAUCGAUGGGCUGCGCAUCGUCGACUGCAGCAUCAUCCCGGUGCUUCCAGAUGUCAAUAUCGUUGGGCCUGUGUUCAUGAUUGGCGAGAAGGGUGCACAGCUCAUUCGCGAGGAUUACGAUGAUUGUUGA